CUUCCUUUUGUCUACGGCCACGUUGUGAGCACGUUGUAUUUUCUGUAGUUUUUACGAUAAAACUGCAAAAAUGUCGUCUCAUUUAAACUGGAUGAUCAUUCGCAACAACAAUGCCUUCCUCGUGAAGAAACGCAACAUCAAGAAGCCCUUUAGUAAAGAGCCCAACAAUGUGACUAACCUCAACUCAUACAGAUACAACGGCCUAAUCCACAAGAAGGCGGUCGGCGUGGUGGAGAAUCCCGACAGGAAAGGUUUUACCGUAGUGUACAAGAAGGCUAAGGCGACUAACAAGCCCGCAAAGAAUGCAGUGCGUCGUCCCUAUAAAGCCGGCGCAAGGAGGUCACUUUUUAAGGUAAAGAGACUGCUGAAGGCAAAUCACUACCGCACUGAUUUGACCAAGGCCACACUCCGUCGCGCAUCAGCAAUCCUCCGCUCCCAAAGGCCUAUCAAGGCGAAGAAACCUAAAGCCGCGGCAGCCAAGUCGGAAUAACUUUUGUAUGUAAGCUGACAAUAAAAAAAAUUCAAAAUC